GCGAAGGUGGAGCGGCUGACGUGGGCGCGUCUCGGUGGCUGUGGGGGCGGGUUUGGCCCGGCUGAGGAGAGCCAGCCAGCCGUGCCUCCUUUGGAGCCCCCUCUCCCGCAAAACUUUCCUCGAAGUGAGAGAGGGUGGACGCCAGUUCACCAGUGCGUAAGGACCACCCCCCCCCCCCCGGACUGUCCCUAAGGCCUGUUUCUCGUCGUGUUGGGAAUUGGCUCCAUUGAGUUUAGGGCGUCUCAGAACAAUGCUAUAAUAAACAGUCUUCUACCUGGACCUUGAUGCAAAGGCAUUGGCGUUUUCAAGACCCCAAGACACAAGAUACAUGCUUUGGAGUCGUAGGAGAAUUGUGCAUUCAAAAGACCUGUAAUGGCCAAACACUACAGUGAAGUUCCAAGUUUGCAACAAGAUGAUUCAGUUAUAGAAGGAGUAAGUGACCAAGUGCUUGUGGCGGUGGUGGUCAGCUUUGCUUUGAUUGCUACUCUCCUGUACGCGCUUUUCAGAAAUGUACAGCACAACAUUCAUCCAGAAAACCAAGAACUAAUCAGGGUGCUUCGAGAGCAACUUCAAACAGAACAGGAUGUCCCUGCUCCUGCUCGACAGCAGUUCUACACUGAAAUGUACUGUCCAAUCUGCUUACAUCAGGCCUCCUUUCCUGUUGAAACAAACUGUGGACAUCUUUUUUGUGGUUCCUGCAUCAUUGCAUACUGGCGCUAUGGGUCCUGGCUCGGUGCGAUCAGUUGUCCAAUCUGUAGACAAACGGUAACUCUACUCCUAACAGUAUUUGGUGAAGACGAUCAAUCUCAGGAUGUUGUAAGAUUGCGUCAAGAUGUUAAUGAUUAUAACCGGAGAUUCUCAGGGCAGCCUAGAUCUAUUAUGGAAAGAAUCAUGGAUCUCCCCACCUUGCUGAGACAUGCAUUCAGGGAAGUGUUUUCAGUUGGGGGUCUCUUCUGGAUGUUCCGAAUUAGGAUAAUGCUUUGUUUAAUGGGAGCUUUUUUCUAUCUAAUAUCGCCUCUAGAUUUUGUACCUGAAGCCUUGUUUGGAAUUCUGGGCUUUCUAGAUGACUUCUUUGUUAUCUUUUUGUUGCUUAUCUACAUCUCUAUUAUGUACAGAGAAGUGAUAACCCAAAGACUAGCUAGAUGAGAAAAAUUAGUUUACUAGAAUAUCCGAGCUUAUAUAAAAAAUCCAACAAAAGGAUCCAUGGCAGUAUCAAUCACCCAACUAUUAUUUUACAAGCUUAAAGCUUUUGGUUAUCAUUUGACAAAUGCCUAACAGUAUACAACUGGAAUUUUUACAUAAUACAGGUUCUAAUGUUAAGAUGAGAUUAUAGUCAUCUACAGCUUUAUCUCAAUUCUUUGUGUCUGUAAAAAAUAUGGAACCAAUUGAAAAAGGAUACUUUGUUGUUUUCUUUUUCUCCAAAUUACUUAGCUUAAUUAGAUACAUAGUUUAAUGUUGCUAAAUGUACAAAUCCUCCUCCUCAGUGGGUACCCAUACAAUAACAGAGAACUUUGUUUUUGUUAACGUCAGAUAUUGUAUGACACUAGGGAAAGCCAGUGUCUCGUGUUUCCUAAGCUUUGUGGACCUGGAGCAGCUCUGCCUUUUCAGUUGUGUCUGAUUCCUUGUGAUCAGCUGAAAAGGAAAGGAACCUCAACUUCCUGAUUUGACUGUAUUUCAGUCUAUGGAUAAUUAACAAAGUGAAAAAAAACGUGCAUCUGCUGGAGACACUUUUGACAUUCAGUUGUGACAUUUAACCAAGAGUUGGCCUUUUUAUAGAAACAACUAUUAAAGUAACUUGUAGCCAGUUGUGAUGGCUUUGUACUUGUAAUUUCUGCACUCAGGAAGCUGAGGUAGGAGACUGCCCAAGUUCAAGGUCUGCCUGGGCUCUAUAAUGAGUUCCAGGUCAACUUGAGCUUUAGAGUAAGGUCCUGCUCAAACCAAAAGCAAGGCUGUGGGUAAAGGUGCUUGCUGUUAAGCUUGACAACUCAGGUCCGAACCCUGGGUCUCACAUAGUGGAAGGAGAGAACAGAUUCUAUAAGUUGUCCUCUGACCUUCACAUGUGCACUGUGGCCCAUGUGUGUGCACACACACAAAGUAAAUAAAAGCAAUUAAAGAGAAAACAUGAAAGCAGCUUGUAAAGGGAACUUAUUUUGUUUUAGGAACUUAAGUAAUAUUGCAAACACAGUAGUUUGACACGUUUUUGAGGAAACAGGAUCUUCACUUCUGUUGGUGUUAGGGGCUUUGGGGAGGUAGUAAGAACAGUAUUUAUAUUUUACAAAGUAUGAGUUAACUCUUGCCGCAGAAUGAAGACAUUUGAUUAGUUGUCUGUUGCCCUGAAAAUGCAAAUACUAUCUUGUAGGUGACAAUAUUUGGCUCAGAUUCAUCAUGUCUUGGGCAGAAUGAGGAAAUGUGUAGGAGAUGACUAUAUGGUGAGGUUCACUUGUUUUCUGAUAGUCCUGACACAGAAUGUAAGGCCUGUGGUUCUCUUAAGCGUGAGAUCCUCAUUCCAGCUGACACUGCUUACCGGAGAGCAGCCAACAGGAGCGUGUAAGAUGAUGCCCAGAGAUCCUUUGUCAUCUGAAAUUAUCAUUGUCAUCGUAGUCAGCAUCAGUGUGUGUAUUUAGGAACAGGACAUAAAGCUAAAAUCUGUCACAUUCCCAAAUUAAUCAAAUUAGCUACCAAAUAAUGAGAUUCUGAAUGAAAUGUCAAUUUGUUUCCCAAUUUAGACUCAAGAGAGCUGUUGUCUGCCAUUAGAAACAAAAUACCAAAAAACAACACUUAGAUAUAACAUGAUCAAUGCAAUUUCUCAUAAUUUUUCCUCUUAUCCAUAGGGAAUUUUCUAAGCAAGGUAGAAUGUCAUCAGCUUCCUGUUUCAGAGAAGAAAUCUUCAUCCUGUGGAUGAAAAAUUUUUGUUUUAUUUCCUAACGUAUAAUGGAACUAGUGAUAUUUAGAUAGACACAAAAGCUAGUUUGAGAAGCUGGAAUUCUUUGGAAGUCAGGUUUUCAUAAUUAUUCCUUCACUGGAACAGUUUUGGUGCUUCUGAGCAGAAAGCUCAAGAAGGGAAAUUCAUCAACGGCUUCAUCAAUCUUGAGUGUAUACUUCCAAAUCAAGUACGAGUGGCACACACCAUAGAAAUUGGCCACUCAUCACUAACUUGGAAAGCUGUUGAAUAGUAGGAGCUUGUUACCAGACUGGAAAACAUUUUUUUUCCUUUUAAAACACCUUUUCAAAAUUCAGUGUGGGCUACCGACAGUGUGAUUUUCUGAAAUGAUUUUAUUUACUGGCGUUCUGUUCCAGAUGUCAGUUCUGUAAUAUUUGGAGUUACUGCUAAUACCUGGGAAGGGGUGUGCUGUACAAAACCACUGUGUGACUGACGUUUUCCUAAACCAAAAGGGAACAUACUGAUAUCUCAGAAUCUUCUACCUCCCACUCCCUCCUCUUUACUGAUCAUUAAAGAUCCAUGCAAAAUCAAUUGGAAGUUUUUAAGCAAGUGCAGUCAAUCAGUGUUUUAAACAUCACAGUGAUACGUCUGUGCUCAGAGGUCAUGAAAAGCAGCAAUUUGGCUUUUUAAACAAAACAUAGUCACAGAAGAGAUGGUGUAAGCCCAGAACAGACAACAAUCUGAGCAGCUCUCUGGGAAUGAGAAGGGAAACGCAGGUUAACAGCUCCCUAGAACAGGGGUUCGGCCGCCUGCCACCCUCAGUGGUCCACAGGACAGCGGACUGUUCCCGGGGCCCGCCCACGGCUGUGCAGAUGCCUACCUCAGGCCGUGCAGAAGCUCAGAGGCUUCUCUCAAGUUUGUGAUCUGGAGUUUGUUCAGAGUUUAUUCUUUGGAAUAAAAAUAGUGUAUCUAAAA